CGGCACCCGGCUCGACGCUUCCUUGCUACAAGUCGCCACCGGCACCACAACUGCUUUCCUUCCUCUCCACGCCCGGUACGCAGGGCAGUCGGCGGCUGAGCUAGCUAGGAGGCAUGCAGGGCGACGGCGGAGGGAUGGAGGAGACAGCGGCGGCGGGCCAGGGCCGCAGCGGCGGCGGUGCUGCUGAGGGCGCCGCCGUGGUGGUGCAGGAGGGGCCUCGGUUCCGGCGGGUGUGCGUGUUCUGCGGGAGCAGCUCCGGGAAGCGCAGCAGCUACCGCGACGCCGCCGUCGAGCUCGGCAAGGAGCUGGUUGCUCGUCGGAUGGAUCUGGUGUACGGCGGGGGCAGCCUGGGGCUCAUGGGGGAGGUCUCGGAGGCCGUCCACAAGGCCGGCGGCCACGUUAUCGGCGUCAUACCUACCACUCUCAUGGGCAAGGAGAUCACGGGGGAGACGGUGGGGGAGGUGGCGGCGGUGUCGGGGAUGCACGAGCGGAAGGCGGCGAUGGCGCGCAACGCCGACGCCUUCAUCGCGCUGCCGGGAGGCUACGGCACCCUGGACGAGCUGCUGGAGGUCAUCGCCUGGGCGCAGCUCGGCAUCCACACAAAACCAGUGGGGCUGCUGAACGUGGAGGGGUACUACGACUUCCUGCUGGCCUUCAUCGACAAGACCGUGGACGACGGCUUCAUCCGGCCAUCCCAGCGCCACAUCUUCGUCAGCGCGCCCGACGCCAGGGACCUCGUCCACAAGCUCGAGGAGUACGUGGCGGUGGAGGAGGAGGACCCGGCGACGCCCAAGCUGCGGUGGGAGAUCGAGCAGGUCGGCUACAACGCCACGCUCCAGGCAGAGAUCGCCCGCUGAUCCACCUACGACUUGGUUAAAUUACUGGUCCUAUAGUGGAUGGGACCAACUGGUUACUGGUCCGCUCCGCUAGUGGUUAAUUAAGUACACUAGUUUAAUGCUACUACCGCACGUACGGCAUGCAUGCAUGCAUGUGUAAGAAGGGCACGUUACAGUUUGUGCUUGCUAAAAAACUUUAGUGGUACUACUCCUGUUGGCUGACGAAUGGGUGUGUGUAAUAGCGUGUGUAUUUUGAUGAUGUACUACUACCUGGCUGGAACAGUGCGUGGUGUGUGUGGCGCGUAUAUGCAAUAAUUGUUCCUUCAGCAUUUGUCCGGAA